AUGCCACGCAAGGCGCGAACCCCAGAGUCUCUCGCUCUCAAUCGUGAGAACCAACGUCGUUCUCGCGCUCGUCAACGUGAGCUACUAGACGAUCUUCAGGGCCGCGUACGUGAGUACGAACGUCGCGAUGCUCAGGCUACCCUUGAAAUGCAGCGCGUAGCCAGGGUUGUGGCUGGUGAAAACGCGGUUCUAAGAGCAUUGCUCGCUGCAAAGGGUGUUGCUCCUGAGGAAGUCGAGUCUCAUCUUGAGGCUGUGAGACAUGAGGAUAAGACCACUGUAAAAACUUGUGUGUCUUCGUUUACGCCUGUGUCGACGCCCUCAUCUACCACAUCGCCUGUCGCCAUUCCCUCAAGACCUAUUCCGUUCAUCCAGACUCAGUGUCAACCUCAAAGCUGUGGUCCCAGCAACCCCCCUAUCAAUUUUCAGCCCGUGAUGUAUUCGCCACCGACGCCUGUUACGAUUACGAAUACAUGCACUGAAGAGUCAGGCUGCUGUCCCAGACCACAACCUCCGCCGCAACCACAACCACAACCAGAACCAGAGAUGCAGUGUCCGAGAUCGAUUGACAAGAUUCAUUGCAUGGAAGCUGCUACAAUCCUUGCACAAAUCAAAGGCCAUUCGGAUGUUUCUAAUGCACGUGCUGCUCUUGGAUGCUCUGACAAUGAAAGCUGCAUGGUCAGAAAUACGGAUUUGCUCACCCUAAUGGAUGAGAUGACAUGA